AUGCCUCUUUCCGAGGAGUCCAUCCUAAGCAAUUUCUUGCUCUCUCCAGCCCCGCUACCGACAGUCAUGUCGCUGCAAAAGUUCACAGAGCUCUUCCCAAAACGCUUGAGAGCCCAUCCACACAUCAGGACUAUGUACCGGGAGUUACAACAGAUCCGAGAACAGGACAUGGACCGAGUCAAUGAAAGCAUCGACAAUGAGGUCAAGCAAGGUGAAAGGCAGAGAGCAGAGCUCCGAAAAGCUAUCACAGCCACUGGAGUCGAGUCCAAUUCGGAAGAGCAGCGUGAGAUAGACAUGGAUCUUCAUCUGUUCGGCCAACCAUCUACUGCUGCACCGGAAGAUUAUCACUCAGUGGCUAGUCUCCUGGCUGAAAUGGAGACGGCUAGCACUAAUAUCGAGCAUGAAAUUGCUGGUAUUGAUCAAGAGGCUGCGAAGAUUCUGGCUCAACUUAAUACGACUGUUGGGGAUAUGAGCGAUCUCCGUUACGGCAAAUUACAGGGUCCAGCUGGGACUGCUGAAGAUGUGGCUGCAGAGGCUAUCAAGGGCCUGCAGAACCUUGAAGAUGUUUGCUAUAAGAGUAGCACGUCUUGA